GAUGCAUGACGCUUUUAGCCGUAAUGCAGAUGCAAAAUAAGUCGUCCAUUCAGAUAGUGGAGUCGAUCGCUGUCUGUGCUCAUUGUAUGUCCCUGAAGAACAGGUAUGAGUGGCUGAACACCACUAGCGUCGGGCGCUGCCGAAUUUAGUUGAAUGGACACAUUUCUAUUGUAAAAGGUUUUAAUGUAAAGGUGUGAAAUUUUUAUUUUUUGAAAUUUUUUGCGCACCAUCCUUGACCCGUACUGAGGGUGCUGGAAAAAUCAGUACCCGUUUGCAGAUAUUCAAGUCAAGGUUGUAUUUAUCUCUUUUCUGACAUCGAGAAGAAAGAAAGAAAAGCCAAUAACCAUGGAUGUCAGUUCACUAAUAGACUUGAAUAGUACUCUGGAGGAAGGUGUAACUUCUGUUCCACUUUUGCCACUCCCCAGAAUUAAUAGCCCUUAUGAAGGAGAUGUUUCAAAUGAUGAGAACAACCCAUUUGAUUGGGCAGUUCAAGCUGUGAGCGACAUUGAUGAUCCAUUCGAACUGGUUUUCAAGAAAGCUCAAGAGUUAGAAAGCAAAAAAUCUGAUCACAGUGCAUGUGAAGACACUAUAUUAAAAUGCAAAAAGGUUAAAAAUGAGAUGGGUGUACUAGAUAGCAAAAACUCGAGAGAGAUUGGAAACAAUGACAAAAAAGAAUCAGAAUGCAAAAAGGGAAUAGCACAAUACCAGAACAACCAUAAAAUUCUGAAAUGUAUUACUCCUGAUGUAGUACAGUCGGCCAAUUAUUUAUUGAGUACACAGGAAAGAAACCAAAGUGAUUCCUCUGAGCCGUUGAAGCCCAAGUAUUGUAGUACACCUGUGCAUCAUGUGGCUAGUGCUAAGAGGAAGUUAGAGGAAGAGUACAGCCCUAUUUCAAGCAAGAAACCCUCUAGUAGUUUGUUUAAUAUAUCUCCUGCUUCUGUUGUUAAAGCCCGUGUAGAAAAAUGUAUAGCAGAAGCUGAGAAACGUUUUAAGAAACAUUCACAAGAACGAGAAAAACUAAAUGGCAGACAAAGUUUAGAUUCUCUAAUGCCUCAUUAUGUAUAUUCCAGUUAUCAGAGAGAUCUUACUUUUCAGUGUGACCCAAGUUCUCACGAGAAAUAUUCACUAGAUUUUGUAAGUAGUGAAGAUUCAAAAAAUAAAUUAACUCAUUCAUUCAGAAAUUUGCAGAAACCUAAAAACAUUGGUAAUUUUUCUGAGGAAACUUUCACUCUCUCACAUAAGGUAGAUUCACAUGCAUUUCGGAGAUCAUUGGUACCAGAAGAUGAUUUAUCACAACAUGAAGCAAGAUUUAUGGCUACAUUACUUAAAGCAACAGCAGACUAUCAAGGCCAUACCUUAGCAAAUGAAAGUGUAGUGACCUUUGUAGAUUUAGAUUCUGAAGAGGAAGAUGGAUGUGAAGAAAAAAAAGAACUGGAAGAAAUAAAAGAAAAAUUAUCAGCAGAAUUUCAACCAACUAAUCCAGUGAAUUUUGAAGUGCUCAAAGAUCACACAAAAAUAAAAAUGCCAAAAAGAGUACAAAGAUCUCCAGAAACUGUACUUGGAAAAAUGCAAUCAUUUUCCCCAAGGAAAUCAACUUCUUCACCAAAAGAGAGAUAUUCUGUUGAAAGUUCUGGUGUUAAUGGAAAACUGCCAUCUCAAAAGGCACAAAUUAGUGUAAAUCGCAGCAGGUCUGACAGCACUAUCCAUUCAUUGAAGAAGAAAGAACAAAUGGAAAAACCAUCAAAGUGGGCUCUUAAAGAGACAUCAAGAUUUUCAAAUGCAGUGCAGUCACCACAAACAAAGCAGAAACAAGCAGUGAAUUCGGGAAGAGUUAUUAAGCCCCCAAAACCACUUCCCAAGAUGUUCAGAAACAAGAAGAACUUGCUUACCGGCAAGGAAAACAAGCCAUGAAUCUUAAUUUUUACAGUCAAUUUUUUAUUGUAAUGACUGUUAUCAGAAGUUUGAUUUUUAUUUCUAAAAUGUAAACAGAAAAAUGCAGUUAUGUGGAGUGUUCUUAGAGCGAAACAAUUGUACUGAACUAUUUUAUUUUAGAAAUAAGUGACAGCUAUUAAGGCCUUUACUGCUGAUGUACCUAAACAAUUGCUUACUACUUUCACAAUUCAGUAAAAAUAAUUUAAUGAAAAAGUAUUAUAUUAACUAUUUAAGUAAUGUAUUGUAUUAACUGUAUUUUCUGUUACAUAAAAUUUCAAAUUAAAGAACACAAAUAUGUGGAAGAAUCUUGUAACAAUAAAGAAUGAGCAGUUUUCAAAAGAGGUCUUUUUGU